CAGGCGCCUUCACGCGCUGCCUACAGUUGUCAUGAGACGCGAAUGGGACGCAGUGAACUUCCAACAUGGCGGAGACCCAUAGCCUGCAGGACAUCAGGCAGCAAGCUACAGUCGCUGCCAAGGUGUUCAUCCAGAGGGACUACACUAGUGGCACUAUGUGCCAGUUCCAGACCAAGUUCCCCACCGAACUGGAGACGAGGAUUGACAAGCAGCAGUUCGAAGAGACCGUGCGGACGCUGAAUAACCUGUACGCCGAGGCAGAAAAGUUGGGUGGCCACUCGUAUCUGGAGGGCUGUCUGGCCUGUCUCACAGCAUACACCAUCUUCCUGUGCAUGGAGACUCACUACGAGAAGGUUUUGAAGAAGAUAGCCAAGUAUAUCCAAGAGCAAAAUGACAAAAUCUAUGCACCACGGGGCCUGCUGCUCACGGAUCCAAUUGAGCGGGGUCUAAGAGUUAUUGAAAUCACCAUCUUUGAAGACAGAAGCACUGGUUCUGGAAGAUAAGCCCUGUGAAGUGCCUUUGUCACAACUUCAGCCAGCUGACGGAACACCUUAUGUCUCCAAGGACGGCACCCUCACCACCCUAUUCCAGCAUGGGUGCUGGGACUGUAAGCCAGUAGCCUUCCCUACCAGUCACCAUCCCAGAACCACUGUGGUGAGGAAAGUACUGCGUCCAACAAUCUCUCCUGCUGAUUAUAUGUACUGUACAUCUUAUGUGCGUUUGCCAUAUCUGUAUUUGCUCUGCCAUGGAUUAUUGUUGUUCAUAAGAAAGAAAAAUAUUUCUGCAUUCUGUAAAAUGAAACACCUUUCACUUGCUAGUUCAGAAGUCUCACCCUUAAAUACUACUGUUUCAUCUGUACUGCCAUCUUAUUGAUAAUUGAGUUAAUUUCUACAUACUGUCCUUUCUAAAGAUAGCCUUGAAGCACUAAAUAUAGGAAUAUCUGCAGAAAGUACAAAAACAUGCAACAAGUAGCAUUAGUAAUAACUGGUAUUAAUAACAGGUUAUAUGUGCAGUUCUGUUGGGUUUUUUAUUUUAUUUUUUUUUUUAAAUAUUGUUAUUUAGUAAACAUCUUUGCCCAAGGAGACGGACAGUUAGGUUUUUACAACGCAGAAGUACUUAGCCACAUAAUAGCAGCGAUGAUGAUGGUUCAGGAUGAAAUGCCGUGCUGCAGUUCAAUUGGGGAAAGACACAACUGUCAAGGUUAAAUAAAAUGGAAAUUUUGCAAACUGAGGCAAGAACAAAGAAAUUGGUAAAAAAAAAAAAAUCUAAAUAUUGUCGUUGAGUCAGUAGUAGUCAGACAGUGGGGAAAAAUGUAAUCUUUUGUGAAUUUCACCUGUGCCAUACAUUUUUACUGAUAAUCUCAACACAUACAGCCAUGUUUCACUCAGUGUUGAGCAGUGAAUCUUUAGGUGCAUUGGUGGCAGAAUUUAGUUUGCUCUGAGUUGAGUUGUGGGGGUCAGUGUUUAUGUCAAUGCAAUGUUUCCUAUCUCCAUAUAGGAACAGCAGAAGGAAAAUAAUGGAGUUGUUCAACAUUCUCUUUUUCUUGUUCUCAUGUCAUUUACACAUGCACAAGUGUAAAUGACAUUACACAUGUUGUAUACAGGUGUAAUAUUUUAAUAGUAAGUGCUUAAGUAGCAGAAACCUCUAACAUUAAAAUUUGCUUAUGAAACAUGUAAUCACAUAUUAAGAUGAUUUGUCUAAUGUUUUGUGUAUUCAACAUAUACAGAUUGACUUUUGUUUUGUGGGCAAGUAAGGAUUGAAUAAUUAUCCAAUGUAUUGUAAAGACAAUUCCCUAACUUGUUUUCAUAUUUGGAAAGAAUUACUUAUAAUAAUCACCACAGAAACCUUAAAAACCCGUUUAUGACUUUGUCACUCUUCUGUUUUACUUCAUGUAAAAUCUUUAUACACUAUAUAGUAUCUAAAUUAUUUAUUCAUAUACACAUUGAAAGUCAGAAGAUUAAAAUGUAAGUAUGCACAUGGAUGGAUAUAUAAUAUAUAUAUAUUUUUUUUUUUGCUUAGAUGUUCUCACAGCAUCUUGUAGCCUUUUUAAACUCACCGUCUGUUAUUGAAGGAUAGGCUCAUUGUUUUACAUGCCUUAGAUGUGUCAUUUUUUUUCUCGGCAGCAGACCAACCCUGCUUAACCUGAUUAACUCUGAGCCCACAGUUUAUUGUAAAAGCACAAAGUGGAUCUGUAAAUGUUAGAUUCCAAGUUGCACAAUGAAUCCCCAUGGGGGGCAAAGAAAAAAAAAAA